UGGUGCGCGGUGCGUUGGUCGUGGUGCGCGUUUCGUGACCGCCGCCGCCGUCGUCGUCACAGUGCGCCAAGUGUGAUAAUAUAUAUUUUUUUUAUCUAUAAUAUUGUUAUUAUGUGACGAGACCGUGUAUUGCGGCUGAGCGCGCGAUGGGUUCGCUGCCGAAUCUGCACGAACUGUGCAAACUGGAACAGCCGGCUGCGUGCAAGCCUAGGCUGUCGCCGAAUCCGGAACGCGGCGACCGCGCCGCGGCCAACAACAUCAACAACCGGGCACAUCACAGGCGGUUACUGCAGACCAACAGUUUGUGCACGGCCAACUUCUUCGGCAUCGUCUCGCCCGACAAACAGCCCGACAUGCAGAUAAACGAGAAACCGUUUUCGCCGACUUCACUGCGGUCAACGAUUUCGACUACUCACCGUCAGAUAUCAAUUACGAACACGACCUCGGUCAAGAGGCGCGACUCGUUGUCUAGCUCGGCGGGAGCCUCGUCGGUGCGUCGCCUCAUCGAAGUCGUCCGCACUACUCCGUCCAACAUGGGGCCGGUCUAUAGUCGUCGGCUGCUGUGCCGCAACUACGUGACACUGUGUCUGGGCCACGGUGCCGCCGCCGCCGCGUUGGUUCCAUUCCUGGCGUUACAGGGUUCGAUAUCCGCCUGGUGGUGGCCCGAUCAGCUGAAACAGAACGGCGGACUCGCCACUGUGACGACGGACAUCGGUUCCGUGCUGUUGUCCGCCAUGUUCGGUGUGGCCGCCUUGAGCGCGCUGCUAGGCCCCACGGCCGUCCAACGGUUGGGCACCAGGACCUGCCUGGUGGCCGGAUAUCUGGUAGCCGUGGCGUUCGUGGGCGUGCACCUGUACCCCAAAGUGACCGUGCUGUGGCCCGGUUACUUGCUGAUGGGCGCCUGGCUGGGCUGCUGGACCGCGUCGCGCACGGCGGUGCUGAUGACUUUGUCGUCGAAAAUGGCCUACGUGCUGUCCGACCGGGAGGAAUGCGAGCUGGAGGGCAACGGUCGGCGGGAGGCGGUGGCCAGAAACUUGGCCCGAGGACUUCAGAUGGCCCACGACAUCGGCUUGAUCGCAGGAAACGCUUUUGUAGCGUACAUGAUAAAAGGCACAAGAGCCGAUGCCGCCCUUGGAUCCAUGUUCGCUAACGACAACGAAGGAGCCGACAGGACCUGCGGUAGCGUGGCUUGUCCUCUGGUCAACACAGCGAAAAUCGUUCUAAGGCCGACCAAUUCCACCAACCUGACCGACCCGGUGGACGUCCGAAACUAUAUGAUCCUACCGUGUAAGACCACACAGCUGUUGGCCAGCGUGUUUGCCGGAUGCUGUUUUGUCGGAGUGGCUGUCACGGUGACGUUCAUGACUCGCAUCCGACUGUUUGUGUAUGCAUCAGCCACCGAAAAACGCAAAUCCAAUGGAGCCCGUUCGUUCGGUGCAGUUCGCGAUGCGUUUCGCAACACUAAAUUGCAACUUAUCGCUCCACUGUCAGUGUUCAUCGGCCUCGAACAAGGAUUCAUAUACUCGGAUUUUUCUAAGUUCUACGUGGUGUGUUCGGCUGGCGUAUCUAAUAUACCUACCGUGAUACUGAGCUUGGGGCUGUUACAGUUGAUAGCCGGAUUUACAGUGAGCUUGAUAUUGCAACACAUACGUCGAUACCAUAUUAUAGUAAUUGGAUUUGCGUUUCACUCGUGUUUACUGAUGGUGCUCAUGAAAUGGAAACCGUCUGGCGACGAUGCCGCACUUCUCUAUGUCAUAGCCGCCGCAUGGGGCGUUUGCAAUGCCAUUUGGAACACGCUUUGUUUUAAUUUUGUGAUAUCUCUGUACCCGGAAUGCUGGCACGGUCCAAUGGCUCACGGAUACUUCUUCCGGUACUUAGGCAUGUCCAUAGCUUUCGGCAGCCACAGUGUUGUGUGCAACACGACCAAGCUGUAUUGUUUGUCGGCCGCACUGGUGCUAGCCGUGGUGCUAUACGGUUGGUUGGAAUUGAGACUUCAACAGACGGGCAAACGACGCAGGGCAGCGAGGUUAUGACGGUCGGCCGGCGCAACCGGCAAGUAGCUGCCGGCCGCCAUACUAACCUCAGAUUACCAACAGGUCGCCAAAAAAAAAAGAAGCCAAUUAGCCAAACAACGUGUUGCCCAUCCUACCCUUGAAAUGUUUAUAUUAUCUGUUGUAUUUUUAAAACGCAUUUUUGGAAUCUUUAGGCACGAGACUAGUGUUGUUUACUAAACUAAAUACAUGAUAAACACGAGAAUUAUUGAUUUCUUACUACUAUAUCGUAUCGAAAUUCGGAUACGACUACCUUUAUGUUUAAUGUUAAAAAAAACAUUAAUCUAACAUGUAAGUAUUAACACAGAUUAAAUGCAAACAGAUAAUGCACUCUAAAAAAAGUCGAAAAAUGUGAACAAACUUUAAAAACCACAGGUCAUUGUGACAAACAAGUUAAAAAAAAUUAUCCUUGUGUGUGGUCAAUGAUAUUUUAUCAAACAUCUGUAAUGUUAUCACUAUCAACUACAUGUUAUCAGUUUAAGUUAUUAUUGUAAAUAUUGCAUACAAUAUUUAUGACACUGUAUUUUGGUCCUACUGCAUUAAGUUUUAUUAACCAACUAACGUUAUUUGGAAAUCUAUUGUUUUACUAUAAAGUGCGCACUCUAUGAUUUUAUUAAAUCUGUGUUAUUAAUAUAUAAAUAUUGUUAAGUAUUGUUAAAAUUUAGUUUGCAGUAGCUCAUAAUAGACAACUUCACCUAACGUUUCAAACACUAGACAUUGUAAAAACAAGAUGCGUUUGAAACUGUAACCUCUUAGCCCUAUUUCACUGUUAUCGGCAUAAUAGGUGUAUUUCUUUAUGGCUAAUGUAAUAAUCAUCAAUUAGUUAUUAUCAACUCAUGUAAAAGUGUUUCUGAAUAGCAGGCUGUAUGUACCUGUGAGUAAGUUGAUAAAUUAGUAUAUAAAGACUUCAAGAUUUUAUUAUUAUUUCCAAAAACUCGAGCAAUCGACAAUUUUUUAGCCCCUAUCCUUCAAAGUAAAUAUUCUGACUAUGACAUAGGUAAUAAUGCUAGUUCAUAAGAUAUAAUACGUUUGAAACAUGUUUAACGCCUCUGUAAUACUCUGUAUUCAAAACUUACUGCCGUUACUUAUUAUAGAACAUCAGUUAUUUAUAAUAAUUAAAAUGACUGUAAAAAAAAAAAAAAAAGGAAUAAAUAAGUUCAUAAAUCGAUUAAACUCUUUAAAAUCGAUAUAAUUAAAUUACACAACAGUUUGAAGAGAACGUUAUAUUGCUGCUGGUGCCUAAAGAUUUCAAAAAAAAAAAAAUAUUUUAAUUAACGUUAAGUAUAAUUAAGUAUAUUUAAAGAAAAGCUAGUGUAUUUUGUUUUAAUGUGAAAUCCACUAAUAGUUGUAUUUUUUAAAUACGUGCCAACACAUGAUCUCACCGAAAUGCGUUCGGGCUAAUAGCUAACUCCAUAUAAAAAAAAAUAUUAUCAUAGUCUAAUAGCUCAUUCGUCGUUAUAACAGUACUGUUAAUUAUUAGAUUAUUUGAUUAAUUAUUAUUAUUACUGUAAAAGUACCCACCCAUCGCAUUAUGUCCACGACAAACCAUUUAUAUUGAACGGGACCAUAUUACCAAUAUUCUAUUACCAUGGAUAUUUAUAAAAUUGUAUUGUGCAUUGUACAUUGGUUUUAAAACAUAUUUAUUAUAGUUUAAAUGGCAAGCCGAAUGUUCAAUAACCAGUAAUUCCUGAAAAUUACAUAUUUUGGGUAUUAAAUUACAUUGAUUCGAGUUUAAAAUUUGCUAAACAAAAUAAUUUUAUUUUCCUAAAAGUUGGAUGUUUUUAGAAAUUAUUUUUUUUCCUUUUUUUUUUUUGAGACAAAAGAAAAGAUCUGUUUUUUUUGGGUAGGAAAUUGUCUGCAUUUUAAUUUAUAAAUCUGUAAUCUAGAUUGAAUAUUGCAACGUAUGAUCGUUACAAUAUUAAGAUGUCAUUUCUCGCCUUAAAUGGGAUCGACCACACUAAAAUCUCUCUCUCUCUUUCUCUCUGUAUACUUUUCUUAUCUAUUUCACAUACCACAUACUUUAGAUAUUACCUUGAACCGCUCCUUCUCUUAAUACAACUGUAUUUUUCUAGUUCUUUUUUUCUUUAUGACUUAAUGUGUGUUCUUCAUAUCCAAAUCUAUUUCAUUCUAACUAAUUUAAGUUAGUCAAUCUGAUUCUUCUCGAUUUGUCACCAUCUCUCUGUACAGUCAACUAUGGAUUUGCUCAUAAUAACCUAUACCCGUUUGUUCUUAAGUCAGGCUUUACCUCUUCUUUGAUCUCUCUUGUUCGUUUUUUUUUUUUACUAACUUUUACCACACUCAGACCAUCUGACCUAACUCCUAAACUACUUAUCUAUCAAACCAAUCAACGCAUGACUUUUUCUCUAAUGGUCACUGUGUUUACCACGUUACCGACAUUAGGUUUUUGUUAUAAAUAAAACAUAUAUUUUUUGAUUGUAUAUAAACAGCAAAUGGUACUCAGGUCGUGUUCCGUUAAAUAACUGCACUUCUGACCACUUUAGGUUGAAAGAAAGCAUUGAAACAUUCUAUGGAUAUUUAUUACUUGGAAAAUGUUAUCACGGCGAAUUUGGCUAUUAGGUAUAUUUGUUUGUUUUUUUUCCAGAGUAGCUACACUAAUUGUUUAUAAAAAUGAGUAUCACUGUUAAUUUUAUAAUAUAAUAUAUUUUAUACUAUAAAAUCAACGGUAACACACUCUGUACAAUUCCUGGUCAAUUUGGCGAGACACUUUGUUAAUUAUUACUAUUAUUAUUAUAAUGUUAAUAAACCGCUUUCGAGUUGCUCUGUACCCUGUGUACAGGCACACUUAA